UGUUCGUUGUGUAGACAGGCAGCUGCCUACAGUGACCUGGAUAUCGACCUCUUUUAUUACCAUGGAUUUGAGGACGUUAGUGCAUCACUUUUGCGCUCAUUUUCAGCAGGUAAGCCUGCGUCUUGAAGGCAGUUGUAGGGCCAGCGUCACGUUCCUCUGGUCUGAUGUAUUGUGACGCGAGGAAGGGCUUGCUUAGAAGCCUAAUGGACAGUAUCAAUAAGUUAGCAAUCAAACCCUGGACUAAAUAAUGUUAGCCUCUUUCUGCCACUAAGGGACUGUCAUUAUCUCCGCUCGCUCCGUCUGUUAAUUUGUUGACUGGAACUGGAUAUCACUGUGGAGUGUGUCGUAACAGCACCAUUACUGGGGGACAGUAUUUACUUAUCUGAAGCGAGGAAGUGGACCUGCAUCAGGGAAGCUGAACUUGUUAAAGACAAGACCGGAGGUUGGGUGAUUCUACCUUCAUAGUAAAGGCGCCAAAUAUAUUCGUUUAAUGAAGUUUGGGAUCGGACAGAGUCGUAACGCUUGGAUAUAAACCACGGUCGACUUGUUAUUAACGACAGAUUUAUCGGUCUUUAUUUAAUCAUUACCGUGGUUCACUGCAGUGUUUGUAAGUCUCGAUUCGAUUUGGUUUUAUUUUGGUAGCUACGAACGGAAAUCGCUCCUGGUGCUGCUGUGGUUGACACUGGUUGGAGGAGGGAUGUGGCCAGGAUGUAUUUAUGCUGCUGUUCAAGAAAUGAAAACCAUUGAAUUAGCUCUGCUUCGGGAGCCCUGCUUCUGCACCGGACACCGCGUGGGUAACGACAGUGUUGCUGUCUGUCACUGUGGUUGGUGGUCGAAAACAGCGAACACGACCGAAGCUGCUGGACUGGACUAUUUGCAUGAAGGCUUCUCAACCUCACGCCCAAACAUUUUGUGUGCGGGGCAGUAUUCUGUGCUUACGUAAUAGAACGUCAAGUGAUGAUGGAGUCCUCACUAGCUCUCGGCAGACUGGAACGGACCCCCAGUUCAGCCGCUGUUGGGGUCAGCCUGACCCCGCGGCUCUCUGACGGGGCUCCCGCGAAAGAGAAGAGUGGACAGCGGCCACUGGCGCCACAAGGCCAGGCUCACCUAAACGGCUGCGUCCCACUCUCACAUCAAGUGGCGGGCCACAAGUAUGGUGUGGAUAAAGUGGGUAUUUUGCAGCAUCCAGAUGGAACAGUGCUGAAGCAGCUUCAGCCUCCACCCAGAGGUCCACGAGAGAUGCAGUUUUACAGCAUGGUGUAUACAGCAGACUGCUGUGAUCCAUGCCUUCUGGAGCUCCAGAACCAUCUGCCGAAGUACUACGGCACCUGGUCCUCUCCUGACAGUCACAAUGAUCUGUACCUGAAGCUGGAGGAUGUGACUCGACGCUUUGUCAAGCCGUGCAUCAUGGAUGUGAAGCUCGGCCAGCGGAGCUACGAUCCAUUCGCCUCCCUGGAGAAACGGGAACAGCAGAUCAGAAAAUAUCCACUGAUGGAGGAGAUAGGCUUCCUGGUCCUUGGCAUGAGGGUGUAUAAGGUGUGCAGUGACACGUUUGACUCCUACGACCAGCACUACGGGAGGGGACUGGCCAAGGACACCGUUAAAGAUGGCCUGGCUAAAUUCUUCCAUAAUGGUGUUAGUCUGAGGAAGGAUGCUGUGUCAGCCAGCAUCCGCAGAGUGCAGCGUAUCCUCCACUGGUUUGAGUCCCAGCGCCAGCUGGCCUUCUACGCCAGCUCCCUUCUCUUCGUCUACGAGGGCCUCCCCUCCUCUCCCUCCCUUUCUUCCCUUCUUAGCACCCCUUCAAUCAGCCCAAUGGCAGGGAAGACUGCCACAUUAUUAUCUGCGAGUGAUAGUGGUUGGGGUGGGGAGGGAAAACCAAGACAGGAAGUGGUGGGGCAGGAAGUGGCUGAGUACAACAACAACAACAUUCAGGUGUGUGCACCCUGGGACUACAGCCUGGCCACCAUUUACACCAACCAAACGAAAGGCGGCCAACACCACAGUGCCAAGGGUCAUCUCCAUGCCAACAGUGGAGACAGUGAUGCUGUGGGGAUGACAGUGAGUUCAGUUUCUAGAGAUAACAUCUCAGCGAUGUGUGAAGAAGACAACUCCGCAUGGAAACGGACAGGCGAGGCGCGACAACCACCGAAUGGAAACGGAAACAAAUCACAACUGGAAGGGAAGGGUGAGGAUGCAGAGAGGAAGGACAGCUGCAGGAGAAAGAGAGAGGAGGAGGAGUUGAAAGGAUGGGGGGGCGACGCAACAGAGGGGAGUGGAGGAGAGGCGGAGGUGGAGGUCAGGAUGAUCGACUUUGCCCACGUUUUCCCGAGCGAGAGCCACGAUCACGGCUACAUCUACGGCCUCAAACACCUGCUGAAGGUGCUGGAGCAGAUCUUCUGUGAUGCUGCCUAGAGCCCUCACUCCUCCCUGCCUUCUCUUUACCUCCAGGCCUGCUCAAUGAACCACUGUCUCCAUGUCAACCCUCAAAAGACAGCAACCUUCAGAGGACAGAGGGACGAAUCAAAGAAGUGAAUAUGAAAACAGAAAUAUCGUCAUCUCAUCUGUCUGUGGUCCUCCAUCAGUCGAGUGUGUGUGUGUGUGAGUGUGUGAGAGAGCUAAGUGGAGGUAGUAAGGGCCGACUGCUGUGUUUUCCCUGUGAUCAGCAGCACAGCAUGCACUAAUCAAUCCAUGAAGGCAUUACGACCCUGUACUUAAACACAACAUUGUCAGCUGCAUGGUUUACUGAUGCUCAGAUACACUCCAUUCAAUUUGAAAUCUUUUAUACCAUGGGCACUGAAAUUAGCUGGCAGACAUUUGUCAAAAUUGUAUCAGAACACCUCAAAUUAGGGGUGGGCAGGGCCAUAUCUAAAUACAUACCGAGAGAUGAUAUGAAUUAGUCAGCCAUACCUCUUAUACUGUAAAAGCUGUCCCUUUAAUAUCUCUGGUUGAAUUCGUCCAGUGUGGGAAAUGCUGCAAAUCAGUGAGCAGCACUGUUUUAUGGCAAUAUCCAUUUUACAGGAGUUUUGCAUCAAUGUGAUGAAACACCAGAUUCUUCAGUUAAUCAAUUCACUUAUUUUAUUAUCCAAAUUAUUAUUAUUAUGCAAAAAGCAAAUGUUCCCAUUUAUUCUCUAUUCUAACAGUUUCUCAAUUUCAAGGAAAUGUACUAUUUAAAGAUAGAAAUCUAUAUUGCAGUAUAGUUAUUUGUACUGUGAUAGAAGAUUUUAUCCAUAUCAUCCACCUCAUCUUAAGGUCCACUCACUGCUGAAAGUUCAAAGUGAAGAAAGUUUAGUUCGUGUUUUAAUUAAGAUGUGUAGCAUUUGACUAUGCAGUGUACCAGGAAACUACCUAAACUUAGAAAUAGCAAUUAUAUUUUGCUGCAGCACUCAAAACAUUUUUCUUUUAGCCACAUUUUGGGAAAUUAGCUAACAAAUUCCCAAAAUGGUUACCUGGAUUUGGUUCCUUUAGGUUUACAGUAUACUGUCAAAUUACAAACAAACCAGGGCUAGGAAACAGAAGUCCAUUCAUCUCCACCGAAACCACCAAGUGAAAAACUAAAUGUGGGUUCAGAAUGGCCUCUUGAGGGUCAAACUGACAGAUAUGUCAAUGAUAAGAGUGUUAGCAUCGGGGAAAAUAAGAAGUCUGGAGAAUGUUGAGGUUUAAGCCGGGUCAUCAUUUUGUGUUUUUGUUCUAACCACUGUCUCCAGGUAUCUAACUCAGGUAAAUUUACUGUAAAAAAAAAAAGAAAGAAAAGAGAAAAAGCUUAAUAUUACUACUUUGAUCCUGUCAGCAAGAUGAACCUCAUGCUGUCUGGCUGGUAAGUUGUUUUAUAUAGUCUUACUCAAUGUUUAUCAUGUAUCGUGAUUGAACUUAUCUCAUCAAUGUUGACCUUCGCGUCAUUUUUUUGACCGCUUAACCUUACAAUGAUCUUACACGUUGUAUUCUGUUUUACCAUGGCUGUUUGAAUUGUUGUACAUGUUGGGCUGCCACAUCAGCUCUCCUUUCUCUUAUUCCGGUUAUUUGGUGUCCCCCUCCAUCUGCUCUAGUUUUAGGAAUGGGAUUGUGUUCAUACCUUGUACUGCCAAGUUUUUAUAAAACUACUUAAAUCAAAAGGUAACAUUGCUUACGAGUGGGUUGGACAUCAGUGCCAUUACUCUGGCAUUAAACAUUAGUUAUUCCUUGAUUUUAAGUUAUAUGCAAGAAUAGGAAAAUCUACCAUUUCUCUCACAUAUUCUGGUGAGAUGAUUGUUUGAAAAUGUUUUUUUGUUUGAGAGAAGCGACACAAUGUGCUGUGAUUGGUUAACAUGAUAUUACCUAAUAUAUGACUUCCAUAAGGAUUUUAAGAUUGUAGUAAAAUGAUUUUUGAAACUUGCUGCUUUAAUGGGAGUCGACUGACAGACUCAUGGUAAAGAGAGAAAGACAGCGAUUGAAUGGAGGGGGAGGGGGGUACUUGUUGUUAGUAAAACAGAAGUAAGCAGGUCCUUUUUACACUACAGCUAAACUGGUUCAUGUUGCUUGAUUAACUCUUAUUUAGUAGGGUUGACUAAUGUGGGUUUUAGGCAGAUAUUCUGUAUACAUUGAAUGAUGCUAAUUUUUUUUCAUGGCAGGUAUGUAAAAGGUUUAGUGAAACUGGAUGAAGACCAAAGACCAGUGACGUUCAUUUAGUUGUCAUGAUUUAUGGAAGCCCCAAGCAGCCUUGGUUGCUGCCAUUUUUUUGUCUUGUCUUCAGAUCACAAAGUGUUUUCUUACAAUCAUUCCUUCAUUAUCAUAAGGUGUAGUUAGUUGGUUUUUCUGGAGCUGUCUGCCACAUAUCAUGGCCUUUAUUAAUAGGUUGUGUUUAAUCCAUAGUUGAAGGUCACAAGAUGUGGCUGACAGCUCUGGACAGUGGACCUUGUUUUUGUCAAACUGCUUUUUCCAUUUUCUAGGUUGAAACUUCAAGCUCAAGUUCUGUUAAGUUGUGCUUGGAUUGUCUGAUUUGUAGUAAUUUGAUUCAUUUCAGGUCAAUUCAACACCUAUUUAAUUUCUCUUAUUUCAGACAGGGGGAUUUAAAUAGUCCAAAUGUGUAAUAUGCACCACUGAAGCACAAUCUAAACUGAAAGUUAUCGACUUAAGCUUUCACAGCAGGUUUUACAGACAGCACUAAAUAUGUGAAGUUAAUUUAGAUCCUCCAGUCUGAUCUGCAGUCAGUCCUAUAUAUUAGUCUAACCCUAUGUUCUCCUAAUGUUCCAUCUCACUGCUCUGUUUUUACACACUAGGGCAAAUAAGACAGACAUUUUAAUUCUUUGAUGACUCAGUGGGUCAGCUAUGUGUUGCAAGAUCAUUUGCUUUAAAUUGUUUUCACUUAAUCAUCCUUAAAUGCUCAGCAGUUAUUUUGUGCCACUGUCUGGUGUUAAGGUUUCUGGACUGGUUGUCUGGCUGCAGCUGCUUUAAAAUGUGAGGGUAAAUCUCAUUUCUCCAGUACACCACAAACCUACUUGUAUUUUAACCAAUAAUAUGCAGAGGCCUCUUCAGUUUAUGUAGCUUGUGAUGUAAUUAUAUGACUAUUAUGAAAAUCCUGAUCUUUUGUAAAUUAACUUGAUUAUGAUUUUAAUCUGAACCAAAAGAGACAGCGAACUAUUAGUAUACAAUAUUUUCUCUAACGUUUCUUUUUAAUAAACUUGAUCAUUUGUUCGAAAUAAUUAUUAUGAAAGUUCAGGAGUCCUUUAAAUGAUUGUUUACAGGAGUUAGAGAAUGGUUUUCCUAUCACUAUUUUCUGUUGCUGUCUCCAUGUCAUCUCUGUGUUUUGAAUAUUGAUUAUUGAUCAUUCCGGCAGCUUUGUGAAUCUCCUCUCUGUAUUUCUAGCCUGUUGUGUAAUUGGUAACUAACAUAAACCAUAUCUUGCAUUUGUA